CGAAAGUACCACGCUGGGAAGAGUGCUGAUCCACUUGAGGCCACAGGCUUCAUGGGCAAGGUGCUGGUGGAGAAGCUGCUGCGCUCCUGCCCACGCGUCUGCGCCCUCUACCUGCUGGUGCGGCCCAAGGCCGGCCAGUCUAUGCAGGAGCGCGUGGACGACAUGAUGAAGUGCAAGCUGUUUGACCGCGUGCGUGAGGACAACCCGGACUUCCACAACAAGAUCGUAGCGAUCAGCAGUGAGCUGACGCAGCCCGGCCUGGGCAUUAGUGCCGCCGACGUGGAGCGGCUGACCGCCCGCAUCAACAUCGUCUUCCACUGCGCCGCCACCAUCCGCUUUGACGAGCCACUCAAGCACGCCCUGCAGCUGAAUGUGAUUGCCACGCAGCAGCUCCUGAGCCUGGCACAGCAGAUGCAGCACCUCGAGGCCUUCAUUCACAUCUCCACCGCCUAUGCAAACUGCAACCGACGCCACAUCGACGAGGUCAUCUACCCGCCGCCCGUCGAGCCCAAGAAACUCAUCGACUCCCUUGAGUGGAUGGAUGACAGCAUUGUGUGCGACAUCACGCCCCGACUCAUCGGCGACCGGCCCAACACCUACACCUACACCAAAGCCCUGGCAGAGUGUGUGGUGCAGCAGGAGAGCGGCAAGAUCAGCGUGGGCAUCAUCCGGCCCUCUAUAGUGGGCGCCAGCUGGCAGGAGCCCUUGGGCUGGAUUGACAACUUCAACGGGCCCAGCGGCAUUUUCAUUGCGGCAGGAAAGGGCAUUCUCCGGACCAUGAGGGCCAACAACGACGCAGUGGCCGACCUCAUUCCUGUGGAUGUUGUCAUCAACCUCACACUCACCGCUGGAUGGUACACAGCCGUGCAGAAACCCAAAUCGGCACUGGUAUAUAACUGCACAACGGGCGGAAUCAACCCCUUCCAUUGGGGAGAGAUCGAGCACUAUGUGAUGUCCACCUUCAAGAGGAACCCCUUGGAGCAGGCUUUCAGACGACCCAAUGCCAACAUCACGUCCAACUACCUGAUCAACCAGUACUGGAUCCUGGUCAGCCACAAGUUCCCCGCACUGCUCUAUGACCUCUUCCUCCGUCUGUCGGGACAGAAGCCACAGAUGAUGCGGAUCUUCAACCGGCUGCACAAGGCCAUCGGCCUGCUGGAGUACUUCAGCAGCCAGGACUGGGAGUGGAACUCGGAGAACAUGAACAUGCUGAUGAGCCAGCUCAGCCCUGAGGACCGUAAGACCUUCAACUUUGACGUGCGUCAGCUGAACUGGCCUGAAUACAUUGAAAACUACUGCAUUGGGACAAAGAAGUACGUCCUGAAUGAAGACAUGUCGGACAUCCCUGCCGCGCGGCAGCACCUGAGGAAACUGAGGAAUAUCCGCUACACCUUCAACACUGUCCUUGUCGUCUUCAUCUGGCGCGUCUUCAUCGCCCGCUCCCAGAUGGCGCGCAACAUCUGGUACUUUGUGGUCAGCCUCUGCUUCAAGUUCCUCUCCUACUUCCGAGCGUCCAGCACACUGACCAAGUGAUCACGCAACCCAAAAAAACUCCAACACUGCCCCCCCCCUCUCCACCAGCCAUCAGCCCAGGCCACCCCCCCUCAGGCCCUGUAGAGACCUGCCAGGUCACCCUCCCCAAUCACCUGCCCAACCCUCCACUCCACUCCACUCCUAACUCUGACCAAGGCCUCACGCACAGUGCAAGCGUAAGGUUUUCUGAUGAUGAGUCUCACCACACCUCGAGAUCGCUCGGUGGGCUAGGGGGGGGGAGCGCAGCAGGGGAUUGUGGGACCUGCCAGUCUGCCUGGGCUUGGUGAAGGGACUCUGAAGAAGGGAUUUGUCUUGGUCAUCUUUUCCCUCAGUCUUAUCUUGCACUCACGCCAUCCCUCCCCAGAUCUCUUUCUAGAUUAUUCUGCUUGUUUUGUUCCUGCACUGACCUGUUCUUAAGUCUCAAUCAUUUAAAAAUCAGAAAAUUCCUGAUUCUUCGUUCCUGAAAUUUCAGAACCCCCUGCCCCUUUUUUAAUGCCAGCUUUUCCUUACAUUGACAGAUUAUAUAAUUAUAUAUAUGCAAUGAGUAACUCCGGUCGUGUGAUAUCAUCCUGUCAUUGUAAUGCAUCCACAUUCAAUGCCUUGCCACUUUGGACGAUUUUUUGAAGCCUACUUGAAUAAUGACGGCGUUGUUCUGCCGAAGGAUGUUUUGUUUAACCUGAAUCUUGAAACAAAAAGUUGAAAAAGAACCAUUUUAUCGUGCUGUAAACAGUGUCCUUUUCUGCCUUCCAGUACAUUGAUUGCCCACCUAUAUAUAUAACGAUUGCAAGCCCUCUUUGGGGACUGUGGUCCAUUCCAAGGACAGACAGCACAUUGCAUUCAAGGUUAAUGUCCAAAAAAUACAAGAUUAAAAAAAGUAAAGCACACUCCUUGAUCAGUGGAGGUGUCAUCAAUGGUACUAAAAAUAAUGUAUUAUUGGAGUUGCUACGUUUGUUAAUGUUUUUGUGUUGUCGUAACAAACCACUAUCACUCUUGAUAUCAGUAUGUGUAACAGACACUUGUGGACUUGUUUUAUCGUUUCCACCUUUUGCCUGUUUGUACAGCAGUUUGUACUGAAACUAAGUUUACUACUUUUACAUCUUUCUAAAUGAUGAUCACGUCAAACUAAGGCUUGUCAUGUUAAUGGUUGCCGAUGGUAGUGUAUAAUAUAUAAAUAAACCUACAGAAUUUGAGAAGUCUGUAAAUACUCAUAGUUAUAUAUUAUUGUUGUAAUUACAAUAGUACCAAAGGGGUUACACAGCAGCCUCAUUUAAUGUCAAUAGAGCUUCCUUCCUUUUUUGUUUGUUUGUUUGUUUGUUUUGACCAACACAACAACGCAGAAACGAUUCAUAAUGUGUCUGAAUGUGGACUGAUGUGUAUAUGGGGGAUGCUGUAUGUAAAAUAAGCUACAGUGUGUUAAUCAGAGAUAUUCUGAUAUAUUCUGAGCAGUCUCCGCACUCACCUUCCUAAUACCCUUAUUCAGCAUCCAUCUUUGGCCCAUGUAGGGUGAACCCAGUUUAACGGUCAGUUAAGCCUUUCACUAAGACGGAACUCCACCUACAAUGCCUCCUUGGCAUUCAGUGGUAGCAUCUCUAGUUAAGGUUUGUUUCUAUGUGAGUCUGUGGUUUGUCGAUGACACAGUAAGAUGGUCACCUUUAUUUUUUAUCAUCCAAACUAUUGUCGACAGUGCAUGAUAGGACACCACAUGAGGUCUGGGCCUGACACUUGUACUGUAAUGUUGGGGAACACCUUCAUCUUUUAUUAACGUUUUUUUUUUUUUUUUUUUUUUUUUU